AGGAGCCCGGUGCCACAUUUACUCACUCACUCCCCAAUCCACCCACCAACCAACCCAGAACCUCUCUACAUUCCUCUUCCUCCUCUAUAGUCUAUAUACACACACCAAGAGCAGGCUGCAGCAGGCUCACGCCGCAACCUAGCUAGCCUGCACGCACUCUCACUGACCACGACCAGCGCUCAGCCUUCUGCUCCGGAAGCUAGCUCUCCGGCCAGCCACCCCACCCCGUCCACCCGACAAUGGCGGCCGCCGUGGCCCUCCUCCUGCUCUCCGCCCUCGGCGGAGCGGCGGCGCAGGUGUUCCCUCCGUGGAACGGCACGUUCCCGAUGGGGCCCGGGUUCGGAGGCGGGAGCAGCAGCGGCGGCGCGGCCGCGGGCGCGGGCGCGGGGACGGGCGUGCCGGCGAUGUUCGUGUUCGGGGACUCGCUGACGGACAACGGCAACAACAACGACCUGAACUCGCUCGCCAAGGCUAACUACCCGCCCUACGGCAUCGACUUCGCCGGCGGCCCCACCGGCCGCUUCUCCAACGGCUACACCAUGGUCGACGAGAUCGCUCAGCUGCUGGGCCUGCCGCUGCUGCCGUCGCACACGGACGCGGCGUCGAGCGGCGGCGGCGACGCGGCGCUGCACGGCGUGAACUACGCGUCGGCGGCGGCGGGGAUCCUGGACAACACGGGGCAGAACUUCGUGGGGCGCAUCCCGUUCAACCAGCAGAUCAAGAACUUCGAGCAGACGCUGGAGCAGCUGCGGCGCCGGACGACGACGACGAGGCCGGGCGCGGGCGCGGGCGGGCUGGCGCGGAGCAUCUUCUACGUGGGCAUGGGCAGCAACGACUACCUCAACAACUACCUCAUGCCCAACUACAACACCCGCAACGAGUACAACGGCGACCAGUACUCCACGCUGCUGGUGCGCCAGUACGCCAGGCAGCUCGACGCGCUCUACGGCCUGGGCGCCCGCAGGUUCGUCAUCGCCGGGGUGGGCUCCAUGGCCUGCAUCCCCAACAUGCGCGCGCGGAGCCCCGUCAACAUGUGCUCGCCCGACGUCGACGACCUCAUCAUCCCUUUCAACACCAAGGUCAAGGCCAUGGUGACCAGCCUCAACGCCAACCGCCCGGACGCCAAGUUCAUCUACGUCGACAACUACGCCAUGAUCUCCCAGAUCCUAAGCAACCCGUGGUCCUACGGGUUCAGCGUGGCCGACCGCGGCUGCUGCGGCAUCGGGAGGAACCGGGGCAUGAUCACCUGCCUGCCCUUCCUGCGCCCGUGCCUCAACCGCAACUCCUACAUCUUCUGGGACGCCUUCCACCCGACGGAGAGGGUCAACGUGCUCCUCGGCAGGGCCGCCUUCAGUGGCGGCAACGACGUCGUCUACCCCAUGAACAUCCAGCAGCUCGCCGCAUGGCAGCCGUGACUCAGUGCAAAGCUAUCGAUCGAUCGAUGCGUCGUUUUGUAGCGCUACUUACUGCUAUAGCGUGUGUGUGUGGUCAUGAGUAGGAGGGAGCUGAGCGGAGAGUUAUGGUACGGUGUGUAUCCGACCAGUCUCCUGUUGUUUGGGGGGUCAACAUCGUGUCUCUUUUGUUUUUGGUUCAUCAUAUCAGUUAGUUAUCUAUCAGUGUUUGUUCGCUUAUUACCUGUACUGCAUCACGGAGAUAAGUGGAGUUCUAUAUUGGGUUUUU